AUGGCUCACCCAUCUCAGGCUAUGGAGAUGCCCGACAUGUCCAAUGCCAUUAUGGCUCAGGACGAAAUGGGAAGACCGUUCAUCAUUGUAAGAGAUCAAGGCAACAAACAAAGACAACAUGGGCUAGAGGCCAAGAAAUCUCACAUCCUGGCAGCUAGGUCAGUCGCGUCAAUUAUAAAAACAUCUUUGGGCCCAAGGGGCCUCGAUAAGAUUCUAAUUUCGCCAGAUGGUGAAAUCACCAUCACGAACGAUGGUGCCACCAUAUUGUCCCAAAUGGAGCUGGAUAACGAAAUCGCCAAGCUUUUGGUACAACUUUCAAAAUCCCAGGAUGAAGAAAUCGGAGAUGGUACCACCGGCGUUGUGGUUCUCGCCAGUGCUUUGCUGGACCAAGCUUUGGAGCUCAUCGAAAAGGGUAUUCAUCCAAUUAAAAUCGCCAACGGCUUCGACGAGGCUGCAAAGGUGGCUGUGGAGCACUUAGAGGCACAGGCAGAUGACGUGGCUUCCACCGAUUCUUCAUUUCAAGACUAUCUCUUCAAAGCGGCUAAGACAUCUUUGGGUUCCAAAAUAGUUUCUAAGGACCAUGACAAAUUUGCCCAAAUGGCCGUCGAUGCUGUAACGAGCGUCAUGGAUCUAGAGAGGAAAGAUGUCGAUUUCGAUCUGAUCAAGUUAGAAGGUCGAGUUGGUGGGUCUUUACAAGAUUCCAAAGUGAUCAAGGGUGUUGUUCUUGAUAAGGACUUUUCCCACCCCCAAAUGCCCAAGACUGUAGUGGCUAAGGAAGGUCAAGAUGGUGUGAAAUUGGCUAUUUUGACAUGCCCAUUCGAGCCUCCUAAACCCAAAACAAAGCACAAACUUGAUAUCUCCACUGUGGAAGAGUACCAGAAGCUUCAAUCAUACGAGCAGGAGAAGUUCACUGAAAUGAUUGAUUAUGUCAAGAAAGCUGGUGCGGACGUGGCAAUUUGUCAGUGGGGGUUUGACGAUGAGGCUAAUCAUUUGCUACUACAAAACAACCUUCCUGCGGUGAGAUGGGUUGGUGGACAAGAGUUGGAACUGAUUGCCAUUGCAACCAAGGGCCGGAUUGUUCCACGCUUCCAAGAUCUAUCACCUGAAAAACUGGGGACGUGCGGCACGAUACGCGAAGUUGAGUUUGGAACUACAAAGGACCGUAUGCUAGUUAUCGAAGAAUGCUCGAACUCUAAGACCGUGACAUGUUUUAUUAGAGGCUCUAAUAGAAUGAUUGUAGAAGAAGCCAAAAGAGCAUUGCAUGACUCUUUGUGCGUCGUAAGAAAUUUGGUUAAAGACUCUAGAGUAGUCUACGGUGGUGGAGCAGCUGAAGUUACCAUGUCAAUCGCCGUUUCUGAAGAGGCUGACAAACAACAUGGCAUCGACCAGUACGCAUUCCGUGCUUUCUCUCAAGCUCUUGACACGAUACCGAUGCUUUUGGCCGAGAAUUCUGGCCUGGAUCCUAUCGAGACUCUCUCGCUACUAAAAAGUACACAAAUCAAGGAAAAGACAUCCACCACAGGGGUCGAUUGCUUGUCUAAUGAUUCCAACAACAUGAAGGAGUUGUUCGUUGUAGACCCUUUGAUCGGCAAAAAACAACAAAUUCAGCUUGCCACUCAGUUGUGCAGAAUGAUUCUGAAGAUUGACAACGUCAUCAUUAGUGGGAAGGAUGAGUACUGA